UUUGUUUUGUACAACACCGAAAGAAAAAAAAAAGCAGUGCAACCCCUAAUGGCAUAAUGAGUGUGUUUAUUGUAUUGAUACUGAGUGUGGCGAAGGUGUCCUUUCUUCAGGGGGAUUCUGUUCUAUUGCAUGCCGGUAAUACUCGCGUAUGGGGACCGGGCGUGGAGCUGGCCGACAAACUUCCACUGAAUGCGAGGUACUUCUACAUCGAACCGAGAGAUGGUCAGAAUAAUGUAAUUUCAGAGCCAUUGAAGUAUCGUGUCUUGUUCAAGGGACGAUCACGACUCGGCGAGUGUAGGGUGAAGAUCGAACAAAUCGAUCGGUUCGAUGGGUCUUCAUUGAUCCGGUACAAACUGGUGGAGACAUGCUGGAAUAUGGAAAUUCACGUUCUACACGGAGAGCAGCACUUGGGCGAAUCACCGUACACAUUUAGUGGAAAACUGUAUACGGAAAAUUGCAACUGUCCUCAGGACCAUCUUAAUGAUUGGAUUCGACAGAUUGAUUGUCCUACGACGGACGUACAAAUAGAGAGUGACUUGAUACCAUUCCGAGCGGUUAAUUUCUCCAGUCUUAGGCCAAGGAUUAUUCAACAGUAUGACAAGCCUGGAAGCGUAUCCUUGUGCAACUAUGUGGUCAAGGAUAAUCAAAUUUAUCGAACGUGUUACGGGCGAUACACGGGAUUCAAAAUGUACAUGGAUGCACUGUUGCUCUCGAUGGCUCGAAAAACUGCUCUUCCAGAUAUGGAACUAUUUGUCAAUCUAGGUGAUUGGCCACUGGUCACAAAAGGUGGGCAUCGUCGAACAACUGGUCCGUAUCCUAUAUUUUCGUGGUGUGGUAGCGAGGAUACUUUCGAUAUUGUUAUGCCAACUUAUGACAUCGCCGAAGCGACGUUGGAAGCAAUGAACCGCGUGACGCUCGAUAUGCUCUCGGUUCAGCGAAAGGGCAUACCUUGGAAGGAUAAAGAGCCCAAAGGAUUUUGGCGUGGUAGAGAUUCAUGCCGCGAGAGGCUCGACUUGGUUAGGAUAUCGCAAAGGCAUCCUGAUUUAGUCAAUGCUUCUUUAACUAAUUUCUUUUUCUUCCGUGACGAAGAGAAAAAGUACGGGCCGAAGGUGGCGUACAUUUCGUUUUUCGACUUUUUCAAUUACAAGUAUCAAAUCAACAUGGACGGAACGGUAGCCGCCUACAGGCUUCCUUACCUGCUGGGUGGCUCUUCGGUAGUGUUCAAACAGGCUUCAAAGUAUUACGAACAUUUCUACAGUAAGCUGGAGAAAUGGAAGGAGUAUAUUCCGAUUAAAAAAGACUUAUCCGAUCUAGUGGAAAAUAUCGAGAAGGCUAAGGCAAUCGAUGACACAAUGCUGGAGAUUCGCGAUAAUGCCAAAGCCUUUGUUGAGGAGCACUUGUUGCCGAAAUCUAUCCUGUGUUACUAUGGAUUGCUGUUUAAGGAAUAUGCUAAAAGCAUAGUCAGUUCUAUUCAAAUACUGCCGGCAAUGGAACAAGCGGAACAACCAACGACCACCGCGAGUUGUGAAUGUGAUUCUAAGCAUGAAAACCAUCAUGAUGAACUCUAAGCGAACAUUCCAUAUUAACAAAGAUCUGAAAAUUUCAUCUUUUAGCAGACGAGCAGACCACGGGCAUUUAGCAGAAAAAUACAUACAAAUUACCUAG